AGCACAAAUGUGCAUUUUGUCUCUUUUUUUUAAUGCUUGGUAGAAUAGUUUUGCGCCUGUUGUUGCGUAUAUUAGAUGAGGAUUAUGAAGAGGGAAAUUAUGAUAAUUGGUAGCAAUGACAUCAUUGUUAUUACGCUCCCGCAAGUGCCGUCAGUAGAGAAAAAAGGAGAAAAAAAUUAAAAAGUCGAACAAGAAAAUAUUCUAAGAUAUGAAAACGUUCUUAAUUUGACGUAAUUAUCUCGAUUUUCACAUAAAAAGUGGGACCAUUGGGUCCACAAUAUCUGCAUCUCAUUAGAAUUCUAAGAGACUUUAGCAUCCGGGAAGUGACCCCGGUGACCCGCGAACAGUUCAGUUCUAGCGGUUUUUGUUCGGGUUAGUUGGUGCGGCGAGUGGUUGGUUCUUUUCUCUUCUUUUUCGAGAAAAAAUGUCAACAGAAGUUACAGAGACCAUAAGGGGUCCUUUUUUUGUUGACGUGGAAACUGGAGAAAGUUUCGACGUUCAAGAUCAUCCUCAGGAAAAUGGCGCGCUUGCUUAUCUGGUAAAUAACGUCGAAACUGGAGAACCUGAAGUUAACGACGACACACCACGGAUUCAUCGGAAAGUGCCCUUUAAGAUUCCUAGAGAAGUUCGAGAAAACUAUGCACCGGCGAAGAAGAUAUCCGAAGAUUGCAUGGAUAUUGAAUCAGUCCUUGAGGGAGACUCGUUUGGCCAAAUAAAUCCUAUCUGUCUAUUUCUGCCAGCCAUAAUAUACUGCAAAUGGUGCAUCGCCAUACUUUUAGUGAUGGAAACGAUUCUUCACGUCUAUUCUCACCGCAAGAACAAAAUCCUAAAAGAUCCAAGUGUCUACUACCAAUCACCAUUCCAUGGAAUUUCCUCACAAUUCUGCGCACUAUGCCAAAGCGAAACCUGCAUGAAUCGAGUCGGUAAAAUGCAACAGGCCAGAAUGCACAGAUUUCUUAGACAGUGCAAUUACAUGAAAAGAGUCGUCACAUGAUGGGAAAUUUGCUGGAGAAUAUUUCAUAUUGAUUUGAAAAUUUACCAACCCCAACGCGGGCACGUAAAAUAGUUUAAAUGUCAACAAUGUAAUAUUUAUUAAUUUAAUUCUUCCUAAUUUUUAAUUUGAACAUGGCAAUUGUAAGUAAUUGACAUAGAAUAUAUCUUCAAUUUUUAAGCGACAACUUGCUUCUCCUAACUUUUUCUUAAUCUGCAAAGAAUUUUAAAAGGCGCUAAGCAGAGUUUUUGCAACAUCCAACUUUAAAGUUGCAUAUUCUAUGAUUUUCAGUUGCACCUAAGGGUAUCUUCUCAUGCAGCUCGAAUUUGAAUUUUUUAUUGAAAUAAGAUUUGACCACGAAGUAGAAUAAAGAGACUCCACUCCCAUGCUGCCUUUAGAAACUUUGGACGCAUAGAUUCGGAUUUAGUUAGUCGGCAUCGUUCGUAGCGCCGCUUGCGAAAGUGUUAAAGUUUUCCAAAUGGUAUUAUUUCUGAUUAAAAUCGUUCCCAAUUUGUAAACUUUGAGAUUAAAUUUUU